AUGGCGACGCACCUGCACCUCACUCACUCUCACUUCUUCCUCCCUUCUUACAAACUCCUCUUAACUACCGCUCCAGAACCUCUCCUUUGUCAAUUCGGCGUUUGUCACCGCCGCUGCCUCCUCGUCACAGAUUGUGCUUCGUCACCGAAUGAAAACAAGGUUUGCAAUUUGUUGCUUCAUUUUCAAAUGCAUGUGUCUCUAGUUGCCAGUAGGAAACCAGCGAGGACCAAUGCAGAUCUCUGCAACGAUUUACGGGAAUUUAUGUCCGAUGUUGGGUUUCAUGACGGACAUGUUCCUUCUUUGAAGGAGCUUUCGCACCAUGGCAGGCAAGAUCUUGCGAACCUUGUGAGAAGAAGAGGAUACAAACUUAUUAAAGAGCUUCUUGCAGCCUCACAAGAGGUCAAAGUCAAUGAUUUUAAUGUAGAUGAGAGCUUGACUGAUAAUCAGGAAAAUACCAAUACUGAAGAAGAUGAAUCAACAGAUUUAGAUGAGAAUGGAACAAAGUUGGCUGAAGCUGUGUUGUUGUCGAAUGAAGAGACUUCCACUAAACCAUGA